CAGCCUUCUUUACCCACAAUGCACACCGGAACCGCCACGUAAACGUAACGUAAGAUCCGCUGUUUUCUGUGACUUGCUAGCUGCUUCUGCUCAUCGUAAACUCUUUCAGCUUAUCCCUGCUGGGUCCGCACCAUGCUACACAUAAUAACCAGACCUUUGUUAAAGUUCCCCAAGCUGUAAGAUGUCAAUGGUAUUGUUUGCCUCUGUGGUUCGGGUUGAGGAUGGCCUUCCUCUCUCUGCUUCCACUGACUAUGAGCAGGAUAAGGAACUUCAGGAAACAAAAAAACAUCUCAAAGGUCUAUCCAAGAAACUCAACCAGUUCCCCGAUCGCUGCACCCUAAGGACUGGGCCGUACAACAUCAAUUUCACCAGCUCACUGGGUGUUGGAUACCUAAUGAUUUGCACAGCAAACUACCCCAACGUGCUGGCCUUCUGCUUCCUGGAUGAGCUCCAAAAAGAGUUUAUUGUCACCUAUGACCAGAAACGUAUCAGCAGUAUCGUGCGGCCGUACUCCUUCAUUGAGUUUGACACCUUCAUCCAGAAAACCAAACAGCGCUACAACAGCCCUCGUUCCUUGUCUACCAAGAUCAACUUGGCUGACAUGCAGACAGAGAUCAAGCUACGACCGCCAUAUCAGCUCUCCCCUGAGGACCUGCGGGCUAUCAAUGGGCUCUCUGUGCACACAUCCACAAAGUACAAGGGCAUAGCCCCCACACAGAUGCUGGAGCCGGUGACUCUGCCAGGCAUCGUGUCCUGUGUUCUAUGUGUUCUCUGUGGAGGCCUGAACCUGCUGCGAGGUGUCCACGCCAUAGAGAGCAUACUACAGAAUGACGAUGAAGAUUUUAAUUAUGUGAUUGCCUUCUUCCUGGGCACGGCAGCCUGUCUGUAUCAGUGUUACCUCUUUGCCUACUUCUCUGUCUGGAGGAACAGUAAGUCCUUCUUGGCCUUUGCACUCAUCUGUCUGUCUAACAUGUAUCUGUAUGAACUGAGGAACGUUUGGCAGAUUCUCUUCCACGUGGCCGUGGGGGCCUUCAUGACGCUGCAGAUAAGACUGAGACAACCGUUGGGCAAAGCACCAGACUAUAAUGUCUGACAGGAGCUUUUAGCCUAAAGGACAAGUAGAAUUUUUCUCUUUUUUUUCAUUGGAUGUUUUACAAAUGCCCAGGAAAUGCAACAGAAGACAGAAAGAGUGGGUCUGAGGACAAAGUGGAAGCAAAAAUCAGUCCACUCAGUGCUUUUGGUAUUUUACCACGACACAGCAGUUCUCUUCUCACUCAGUCUCAGCUCCAGGGGACAGAGGUUUUCUUUGAUUGACAUCACAAGGUUUUAUGUUUGGAUGUUUUCUGAUGUUGAUUUUGAAUUGUGACAGAGUCCUGCAAGAAAAAAAAUCUGUUUUUUAGAAGCAUUUCUAGCACCUUCUCUUUUUUUAAUUUAUAAAAGGAAAAGCGACAAAACAUUUUCACUUUAAGCUGUCUUCCCCACUCAUUCAGUUUUAUUUUCUGCCCUAUAUCUUUAGACUUCAGUUUGAAGCCGGAACUAUUUUUGUGUUUUAAUUGAAGACAAGAGUAUAAAUGUAGCCGUAACGUCCUGCUUUUAAGACUAGCCCUGUUUUUAUUUUUUUUAAUCAAGCAAAUCACAUCACUAUAAACAGCAAUAAACAGCUUAAAAUAUUUAUUUUAUUUUAUAAUGUAUUUGUCUAAAUUAUCAAUAAAAUAAUCUCGCUAAGUGACAAUUUACAAUGAAGAAUUAGACAGACAUUAAAGAUGAGAAAUAAAGGAUAAGGCUCACUACAUUUCUGUUUUUGUUCUUGUUUCAAAUCCUCAUAUUUUUAACCUUCCAUUGUUGACCAUCAUGAUGCAGGACUCUUUAUGGAUUAUGUUUUGGUUUGUAACUAUGCAACGCUGCCUCCUGUCACUUUGAAUCUGUAAUUAUAUCUGAUUUUUGCAGACAUUUAUCAUUUUUCGACGGCAUCGUUUGCUUUUUAUUUGCUGAUGUAAUUUCCUGUAAAAAUUUGGAUAAAUUUCAUUUUUAUUUUUUUCA